AGCAGGACGACAGCUUCUAAAAGAGAGAGCAGACAACAACUCAUUUGGUGUGGUGGAAUAACUCUACAAACCUAAAGUGAACAGAUCAGAAAAUGUGUAAAGGAUUAGCUGCCCUGCCCCAGACAUGCCUGGAAAGGGCUAAGGAGAUCAAGACUAAAUUGGGAACUCUGCUUCAGAAGCCAGAGAAUUCCAUCGACCUUAUUAUCCCCUACCAAGAAAAGCCUGAGAAGAAACCAGAGAAGCUUCAGAAACCCACACCUGAAGAAGCAGCCCAGUGGCGUGAGUCCCUUGACAAGUUCCUUUCCAACAGCUACAGCCUGGCCACCUUCAAAAGCUUCCUCAGAUCUGAGUUCAGCGAGGAAAAUAUUGAGUUCUGGGAGGCUUGCGAGGACUUCAAAAAGACCAAGUCCCCCCUGAAAAUGGCCAUCAAAGCAAACAAGAUUUAUGAGGACUUCAUUCAGACCGGUGGGCCCAAAGAGGUGAACAUCGACCACUUCACCAAAGAUGUGACUCUGAGGAACCUGGUGGAUCUUUCUCCCUCCUCUUUCGAGCUGGCUCAGAGCCGGAUCUACACCCUGAUGGAGAAAGACUCCUUCGGUCGGUUCCUGCGGUCUGAGCAGUACCAGGAACUCCUCAAGUAAACCGACUUGUCCAGCUGCAGGGAGACUCAGUCCUUUGGUCACAAAUUCAUAUCAUUUUACUCAAACUAAAAGUCUUUAAUACACAUUUCUGACACACUUCUAAAACUCAUUAAACGAUACCACAGUUUUUUAUUUGGUAAAAGUGGAAAACACCAGGCACAGUUGCAAUGUCCCCCUGCAGCUGACUGAACUGGUCCACUGCUAACAAAAACAUCUUAACAUAAAUUGUUAAAAUUAAUGUGAUUCCUGCCCAGUGCUCUGAAUGUCAAAGUCAAGAACUUUAAUAAAAGAAGUUGAUUAGGGCUUAAGAGACAGUAUGCAU